UGCGUCUCCGAGCACAGGACUUGUCCCAACAAUCUAUUAAAACAUGGUGGAUUACUAUGAAGUUCUAGGUCUGCAGAGACAUGCUUCACCUGAGGAUAUUAAAAAAGCGUACCGGAAGCUGGCACUGAAGUGGCACCCAGAUAAACAUCCUGAGAAUAAAGAAGAAGCAGAGAGGAAAUUCAAGCAAGUUGCCGAGGCAUAUGAGGUGUUAUCAGAUGCUAAAAAGCGGGACAUCUAUGACAAAUAUGGCAAAGAAGGAUUAAAUGGUGGAGGAGGAGGUGGAAGUCAUUUGGACAAUCCAUUUGAGUUUGGCUUCACAUUCCGGAACCCAGAUGAUAUCUUCAGGGAAUUUUUUGGUGGAAGAGACCCAUUUGCAUUCGACUUCUUUGAAGACCCAUUUGAGGACUUUUUUGGGAAUCGAAGGGGUCCCCGAGGAAGCAGAAGUCGAGGCACGGGGUCAUUUUUUUCUGCCUUCAGUGGAUUUCCAUCUUUUGGAAGUGGAUUUUCUUCUUUUGACACAGGAUUUACUUCAUUCGGGUCACUAGGUCACGGGGGCUUCACUUCAUUCUCUUCCACGUCGCUUGGUGGGAGUGGGAUGGGCAACGUUAGAUCUAUAUCAACUUCCACUAAAAUAGUUAAUGGCAGAAAGAUCACUACAAAGAGAAUUGUCGAGAAUGGUCAAGAAAGAGUAGAAGUUGAAGAAGAUGGCCAGUUAAAGUCCUUAACGAUAAAUGGUAAGGAGCAGCUGCUGCGCUUGGAUAACAAGUAAUUCAUCGCACGCAUUUAACAGAAAUGUUACUAUAACAAGCACCAUUUGAGGAUUAACACGAACUUUUUUUUGAAGAUUUCAAACGAACUCGACUUUCAGUAUAAUUGUACCUAAUCUAAAGUAUUUAUAAACAGCUCAUCGGAGCCCCUGUUUGUCAUAGACUUUUGAGUUUAUUGCUGGGACCACAUAAUAGGACCAUUUUUUUUUUGUCUUUAAAAUUGUUGUAAAUCUCUGUAUGCACUUUGCUUUUUUAUUAAACGUAAUCCAAGGUGAGCCGUGACUCUUUAGUAGUGGUAGGACAAGACUGUACACUAACACCAGCAUGGACCUGCUUUUCCAUUGUGUUUGAAAUGUGAGCCGAGUGCUGAGCCUGCUGUGAAGUUAACAUUGUCAGGAUGAGUCUUCUGCAGAAAUAAUUUCAGUUCUUUUCAGUAUUUAGUAGUGAAAGAUAUUAAUGCAUUAAUGGUAAUACAUUUCUGGUUUAAUGUAAAUUAAGGAUGUUUUCUAGUUGUGCAUGAAUGCUGGCAACUUAGUAAGUUUUGACAAUUGUUCAAAUAUGUAAUGUUAAGCUUAGGUUUAAAAAGUAAAGCUGGUAAACUGGGUCUUUGUCAUUUGC